AAAUUGGCAGGAUUGGGUGGGCGGAGCUUGAACUACUAGCAUCCCGCCCUCGUUGCACAUCAUCUCAGCACCCUGUGGCUUGCGAUUCACAUUACACACACUUCGCUUCUUCGGUUCGCAUCAAAUUUGCUCUCGUUGCUAGUGGAGAAGGGAAGAGGUCGAGGCGCGGAGGCGUGGGAUAAAAAAUUGUAAAGGUGAGAGCAGCCUCAAGGACCGCGGCCAGAUGGCGCUGCAAAGGGAAAGAGAAAAAGCCGCGGAGGCGAAAAUUGAGAGGCAGCAGAGACGGAUGGAGGAGAUGCAAGCGCAGUUGCUGGAUAGUAUGGAACAGAAACGAGAGCUAGCUGAUCAAGCGUUGCUAGCCUCGCAGGAAAAGAUCUGCGCGCUUAGAGAACUGCGUAGAGUUGAGAAGGAGAGGAAAGCAUUGCAAACUCAACUGCAAGAAGCAAACGCAUUUCUAGGUCACGAGAAAGGCUCACGACCGUCGUCUGUGUGUGAUUCGCUCCUCAACAGCGUGCAAGGCGAGCUGGAACGCCUGCAGCAACAGAUGGAAUCGACUCGCAUUGUUUAUGACGAGAACGAGCGUUUGAAACGCCACUGUCACGCCCUGGAGAUGCAACUGGAGGUUGCGAAACGGGAAAGAGAUGCAGCGCUCGGUAGCUAUACGCGAGCUGGUGACGCGACCUCGCAAGUAGUUGGUAGGCCUACCUCAUCGGAGGAGAUGCUGUUUACCGUGAGACACGCGAGACAAGAUGGGGCCAUCAAAGUGGCUGCCGACAUCUUCAUCACUUCUGUUCAAGGCGUCGCUGCUACACCAAACGAACAUGAAAGUGAUGAAACUGCACGGGCAGGAGACAGAGUAUUAGAGUUGAAUGGAAUGCGGGCUGCCGAGCUCUCUGCACGACACGUGCAGAACAUUGUUGACUCAUCUCGCGUAGUUCUCAUGAAAAUCAGCCGCAAACGGCAGAGAGAGGCUGCAGCGAAAAACCCAGAAAAGGGCAAGAACAGCUCGUUGCAUGAGUGUCCACCACAUGAGCAUGAUGCCCAUCAGGACAAUUUUAGACGUCAGGCUGCCACCAACUCUCCAUAUUCCAGUGCUGCAACAAGCAAGCAGCAACAGGCGACGACUGGAGAAAUGAGAGAGAGUGAUAACUACAGACGCCAGGCGCAUGUUGACCAAGACUCUGACCCAAUGAUGUCUACAUUAUUGGGUAAGGGGUCACGUGACUUUUCCCCACCUCCUCCUCCUCGUCCACCGCCUCCACCAUUGACUGUGUCUGCUCGGUGUUGUAAGAAAGGAGGCGUCCUGCAUAUGGCAGAGACCGGGAUCUCACUCAUUGUGCCUCAAGACGCACAGUCAGACCCUUGCCAGAUAUCAGUGACCUCGUCCUAUGGAUUGUUGGAAUCACUCAGUCAUUUUCUAGAGAAUCAAUACAUUGUGUCGCCUAUAGUGACUGUACAUGAGAUCACCACAAGGUUUAAGAAACCAGCUGAGCUCCGAGUGCCUCAUUGUGUUGCCACGGAGUUCGGUGAUUGGGAGCUCACUGUACUUGCCAGACAUCCAACGUCCAAUGAUUCGUUCAGUUGGGACCAAAUCGCACAUUUCAGUUGCAAUCCAUCGAGUCCAAAUCGAAGUGCAAUGUGUCGUCUUGGUCACGACCAUGUGAGCAUAAAGAUCGAGGAAGGAGCCACGUAUAGCUUGAUGGGCUCUCCAAAGCGAAUGCAAGCUGCCGUCUUUUCUGAGAAAGAGAAGGAGAGCAAAGCAUUGAGGUUCCGUGUUCAGAUCGUUAAUGAUCAGAAGGACACGAUCCAGCAAAUGUAUGCGUCUCAAGGUUCGGCAGGAUAUGAGACUUGUUGCCCUUUGACUUCGUUUCCACUUUCUAAGACAACGAAAGACCUGGCAGUGACGUUGUUGUCAAGAUCCGAGUCUUGGAGUGUCUCACCAUCAUCACAGAUUGUUGCUGAGAGAAAGUGUGAAUUUCCACAAGAGCCUAGUCCUGUAGUCACAUUUGUUUGUCAGUGUGACAGUGAGCCUCUAUUGAAGCUUCAUGGACGAGUCAUCAUUCAAAGAGUAGAUAAAAUGCUUGCUAAAAUCCGUUUCUCAAAGAAGUUUGGUUCAAAAGAAUCAACUCCUUUGAGCAUGCCGGAGAAGUCUGACUCUUCAGAAGGCAAACGACUGUCUGUGCCCAGCAUUCUGUCCUUGUCUGUUGUCACUCAACUUGCAGUCCGUCUUGAUGAGAACAACAAGAGAGGAAACAACUGGAAAAUGCUGGCCAAAUAUCUUCACCUUGGGGAUCAGUUUAUUGAAGAGCUGAGCAAUCAAUCUGGCAUGUACAGUCCUACAGAGCAAGUAUUAAGAGCAUGGCAACCUGAUAUCGGUGUUGAUGUGAGGAAAGUUUUGUGGAGAACGUUUAAUGCCAUGGGACGAACAGAUGCUGCUGAUGUGAUCAUUCCAGUUGAAGAAAUCAGACAGACAUUAGCACAAGUAGACAACAGGUCAUUUCGUACACCUCAGUUUCGUCAAUCAGAGGCAAACAGUAACGACACUUCAUCGAGUACAUCCAGACAUCAACGACCCACCAAUCUGAUGGAAGUGGACCAGUCCGAUAGAUCACAUCAACUUCAUUUGUCUCAUCAGCAAUCACUGAGACAGCAGCCGGAGUUAGUAAUGAAGAGACGAAGUAGUAGGGAAGCAACACAAACUGAACGCGAGCAUCAUGAACAAGACCAAGCAGCUGACUCCAACAACGACAGUACAGAGGUGAAUUUUGAUGGUAAGGUGGACACUGAACAGGAACAGCCAAGCCCGUUCUUUUCAAGAGCUUCGUCAGGACCCACCAUCCCAAAACUUCAUUCUGAUGGCCCAAAACUUCAUCCCGAUCACAAUAGAUCAGGCAAUACUCAUGCCUAUCGAACCGCAUCAAAUCAAGAAUUGACCCGACCGCUAACACCUCGUCCACCAGGAGUAGCACCUGGUGCAUAUAGUCCCCCACGUGAAGCAAAAAGACGUACAAGGCAUCGCUCACAUGAAGGAAAAGCAGAACGUCGACCACCAAAGUCAAGCUCAAAUGCACUACGGAAAGGAGUAGCUAAAAGUGAACCACGACUUCAUGCAAUGGUAAACACCCGAAAUCGAAAGCGAAGUAGUGAGGGAGGAGGUUAUGAGACCAACCAGACAUCUCAGACAUCAUUUCCUAGUGUUCUUGAGACAUUAUUGUAGACAAUUAGCUGCUCAGUCCAGAAUA